AUGAAGAAAAAUGAACCUCCACCGACAUUGAAAGCUGCUAUCCGAUUAAUUGUUACAAUCUUUUCGACCGCCACAGAUGUCGCAGAGUUUCAACGGCAGGUGUCGACUCCCAACAUACCAAAAUUUAUUGCUGCUUUGAUCGCCACUGCUGGGACUCAAAGUGAAGUCCAACUCCAGGUUUGUGCCCUACGCACAUUGGCACACCUUAUUCCGCUCUAUCCUACGACGAGCAGAGCUUCCUACCCUGCAUUGUCUAGUCUAGCACUGCAAUUUUUAAACGGCAGCGCCUUGAGCCCCACGAAUAUUACUCUACUUGAGUCUGCCUCCCAACUUUAUGCAGUUUUGCACCAAACAGGUGGGAAAGUGGGAGCUACAAAUUUAUGGAGAAAAUCACUGGAUGAGACUCUGGCAUUUGGAUGGGAUGCGUUCUUCGCUCUUCGAACCACUUUCCGUGAUGGAGCUUCCAGCAGCAUGAAUCGGAGGAAUGCUGACGAUUCUCUCGCUCUCCUUAAUCUCGACCGUCUAAGGUCAUGUGUGGUUGUUACUGGCAAUCUUCUGAGCACGACCACCCAACGGCCUGUACAAAUACCUCUUGGCCACCUGAUAAAAUUCAUAAUUAAGCUGCUCACAUGUACGACGGAAGAGAAGGCGGAUGGGUACAUGGAUCCUACAGUGCACGCUAUGGAAGUGGCGGCGACUCCUCAAAUUUGGGGACUUGGCUGUAAAUUGCUUUCAUAUUUAACAAAAUGCGCUCAACAAAGAUUGACGCCCUACAUGACAAACCUGAUUACUGUUGUUACAUACCAUCUUGAGCAGAACAUUUCUCUGCCACAGCGGACGGCUUUCCUAGAGAGCUUAAACCUCCUUUUGACAAGCUGUCAUUACUUGGAAUCCCAAAUUAUCGCAAACCGGUUGACAAGGGCUGUCUUACCUUCCAUCACUACAGUCCUUUUCACAACGUCGAGCAGGGAAGACGAUGUAAUCCGGGAUUGCGUGCGGAAUCCCAGCCUCUCACCAGCGGUUCACUCCACCGUCUCUCGCCUUAUCCUAUCAAUUGCCUUGGCCCUCCCGCAAAUACCACCAGCUCUUCUCUCCCCUGAUCCUUCUUUGUUCGAGCGGGUAUACAAACAAGUUCGAAGCCUAAGCGUUGAGAUUGGCACAUGGUCUUCCAGCGCAAUGAGCAGAAGCCUUCCCCUGCUCCUUCAAACGGGACUCAGAGUAAACGAUAGCGAGAUACAAUGUUUGUUCAAUCUCCUUCUGCACCCUCGCGUCCCUCCUCUCAUUCGUUCAAUGCCACAUAUCGAGUCCAUCUCCCUCUUUCCUUCAGAGGGGUCAGAGGACGAAAGGGAGGAUUACGACGCAUUUCAAAUGGAAGCGGUCCAUACAGGCGUACGAUCAAUGACACAGGACAUGGCAAUGGUUGAAGAAUUGGUUCAUGAGAAAAGUCCACAGUUACCACGUACUGCUAUCGCCCAGCCAAAAUCCUCGGUCGCUGUCGCGCCAACCCCACCUUCGUUACCAGCUUUCCUAGAGCCUGACUCUGACAUGCAGGACGUUGAACUCAACCAUCCAAUACCCGAAGAGCAGCAUUCCAUCAUCCCCGCUCUUGAACAGAAUAUUCAUCCAAACAUGCUCGUAACCAGUGAGGCUUCGGGUUCGAUGGCCCCAGUGCUGGGAAACCUGAUCCCUGACGACGAGGACGAGCCAAUGCCUGUCAUUGACAUGAACUCCGAUUCUGAGGAAGACGAGUAG